GUGAGGCGGGCGCUGAUGGCGGCAGGUGAGAGGACACCAAAUAUCCCGUUGGCAAGGCAAAACCGACCCGCGGCUGUGCCCAGGCCGCGCCACAGUUCGUUCAUCCCCUCGCAGGGAGUAGAGGCGCAACAAAAAUGGCGCUCGCCGCUGCUCCCCUCCGCCGCUUCCCCACCACGCCGCCGCAGGCGCCGUCUCCGCCGCCGGCCUCUCGCCUCCGCCCGCCCCCUCGGCGCGGAUCCCGUCUCCGCCCGCUCCUCGCCGCGGCCACGGUCGCCGCUUCCUCCCCGGCAGGCGGACGCGGAGCGGCGGAAGCACGAGCUGUUGCGCGCGGUGCAGGAGACGCGGCGUGGAUUCGUGGCGGGCCCCGACCAGCGCGCCGCCAUCGAGGAGGCCAUCGUGGGCGUGGAGGAGCUCAGCGCCGGGGAGGGGGCAGCGCUGGACCUCACAGCGCUCGAUGGCACGUGGAGGCUGUGCUACACGUCGGCGUCGGACGUGCUCGUGCUGUUCGAGGCGGCCGAGAGGCUCCCACUUCUGCAGGUGGGGCAAAUAUAUCAGAAAUUUGAGUGCAAAGAUCAAUCAGAUGGUGGAAUUGUGAGGAAUGUUGUUCAGUGGAGCAUCGAGAACUUGCUGGAGGAGCAAGAAGGUGCAACACUGAUGGUCUCUGCAAAAUUCGUAGUCCUGUCUAAGCGCAACAUCUUUCUUCAGUUUGAGGAGGUUGCUGUUGAAAAUAUCAAGAUUAGCGAGCAGCUGCAAGCACUAAUAGCUCCUGCUAUACUUCCUCGAUCAUUUUUUAGCCUUCAGAUAUUGCAGUUCCUUAAAACCUUUCGAGCUCAAGUCCCUGUUAGUGGUCCUGAAAGACGAUCACCUGGAGGACUAUAUUAUCUUUCUUACCUUGACCGUGAUAUGCUCCUGGGUCGUUCGGUUGGUGGUGGGGGAGUUUUUAUUUUUACAAGAGCACAACCUCUUUUAUGAAGGUUUUCUGAUUACCAAGAGUAUAUCAUCUGAAGGCAUGGCAGUUGUACUUGAGCUUGCCCGCUUACAAAAGGUAUAUAUACCUUUCAUGGCAACACUACGUGAGUCUUUCUUUUUGGACAUGUGGUUAUGUGAUUAUCACCUUAUUCUAGUUUUUUUAAAAAGAUUACCACGCUCUACUUUGAUUUUUAAGAGAUCACAUGCAACAUGCUUUCUUUUACACACCUAUUGCAGUGAAUACGUAGCUUGCUAGUGGAUACAGAUAGCUUCCUGAAAUAGUUCUGUUUAAUUCGAGUGUUGUAUGAUUACUGAAAUUGUACCUAUUGAACUCUGUAAUUGUUAAAUUAAUUUAACAUUUGGAUCAAUAAAACCAAUGUUCUUAAUGCUGAUA